UGACCUCUGGUGAGCAAAGCAAGUAAUACAUAUUUUCCCAUAAUUCUUCUGCCGCACUAGCCCGGAAGUUGGUCGUUUAUUGACAAUAUGGCGGCCAGGCUGCGUUUGGAUUUGGGUAAAUUGUCGAUUUGACAGCGCCGACGGAGGGCUGCAGAAACGCCGUUUCCCGCCUCUGCUGUGUCCAGAACAGAUGCGUUUGAAUGAAGGGAGCCGUGAGUCCACGGGACGGCGACAGUGAGCUGAGGAAACGUCCAGAGCGUGAAGCCCGUCAUGUCGUUUUUCAAGAGGAAAGCCAAAAACAAGGAACCUGAGAGAGUCCCAGACGCUAAAGCAACCAGAGCUCCGCUCAGCCCCCAGUCUCCAUCACAGGCCACCAGGAACCACAAUGCCUUUCCGGAAGCUUCUGGGCUCAGCAAAGUGGCCUUCAGCGCCAUUUCUGCAAACAUGGACUCCUUCGCCAGCGGCCGCACUGCAAUCCUCAAGAAACAGCCGAGCCACAUGGAGGCGGCGCACUUUGGAGAUCUUGGUCACUCUAGUGUGAACUAUCAGCCCCAGGAGACGCGCUCCCGGUUGUCCAAAUCGGCGGACCAGGUCCUUCAGGACAACGUGGCGCUGCCCCACUUCAUGCAUUACAUGGAGCAACGGGGCGCCGACCAUCUGGUUCGGUUCUGGCUGGAGGCCGAGAGUUUCCGCUCUACCAGCUGGUCGCGAGUCCGAGCGCACAGCCUCAACUCGGUCAAACACAGCUCGCUAGCCGAGCCCGUCCCCGUCUCUCCAGAAGGGUCUGACCCCCAAACGCUGGUGCAGAGCACGCCUAGCGACCCCAACAUUUCCAGAGAAGGUAACGCAGUAACGUCUGAGUGGCGGGAACCCUCCAGCACAGAGGCUGGGCUGAGACCUAGCACGCCGCGAGCAGACACCCCCAACAGGCAGGCGACCUCCAGGGCGGGGACGCCCUGUAAGGGCCAGUCCAGCAGCACUCUGCGAGAUCUGUCUGACAAACUCAUGAAAACUAUAGAAAAAGAUGCGGUCACCAUUUUCACCAAGUACAUCUCUCCGGAUGCUGCGAAGCCCAUCCCCAUCACAGAGCAGAUCAGAAACGACAUUGUUGCUAAGAUAUGCGGAGAAGACGGCAUGGUGGACCCGAACUGCUUUGUCAUUGCCAAGUCUGUAGUUCUCUCCAUACUGGAACAACAGCACUUUAGUGGAUUCCUGUGGAGCCAUCAUUUCUGUAAAUAUCAAAUCGAAGUGCUGACCAGCGGCUCCGUGUUCCUGGCUGACAUCUUGUUCAGUGAGUCAGCUCUCUUCUACUUUUCAGAGUACAUGGAAAAGGAAGAAGCUAUGAACAUCCUGCAGUUCUGGUUGGCGGCAGACAAUUUUCAGAACCAGCUAGCGGCUAAAAAGGGCCAGUAUGACGGCCAGGAGGCCCAGAAUGACGCCAUGAUCCUCUAUGACAAAUAUUUUUCACUCCAGGCUACCAAUCCUCUGGGCUUCGGCGACUCUGUACGGAUGGAGAUCGAGUCAAACAUCUGCAGAGAGGGCGGGCCUCUCCCUGACUGUUUCACCACUCCCCUCAGACAGGCCUGGACCACCAUGGAGAAGGUCUACAUGCCCGGCUUCCUGUCCAGCAACCUUUACUACAAAUACCUGAGUGACCUCAUCAAUUCAGUCCGAGGGGAUGAGUUUGUGAAUGCUGGCGGCCAAAGCCAGGGCGGGUCGUCGGACAAUGAGCGCCCGGGUUCUCAGACUCAGCAAGGUUCCAAAAAAGCAGCAGUUAAGAUCCUGAAGAACUUUGACGAGGCGAUUACUGUGGACGUGGCCAGUCUGGAUCCUGAGUCCCUGUACCAGCGUCCGUAUGCGGGAAAAAUGACUUUCGGGAAGGUGAAUGAGUUGGGCCAGUUCAUCAGAGAAGCUGAGCCCGAGCCGGACGUUAAGAAAUCUAAAGGCUCCAUGUUUUCUCAAGCUAUGAAGAAAUGGGUUCAAGGCAACUCUGAUGAGGCUCAAGAAGAGAUGGCGUGGCAGAUCGCCAAGAUGAUUGUCAAUGACGUCGUGCACCAGUCGAACCAUAACAGCCCCGGCAAAGCAACCAAGUUAUGACCCCAUACAGGCACAAGCGGACUCUCCGUCCCAGCGGACACUGCAGUUCACGAGACUCCUGGUUUACACUGCAGUGAGCUGCAUCACUCCAAAAAGAACAAGGCGUUUUACCACCUCCAUAACUAUAGAGCGGAUGUUUGUUUGCGUGUGUGUUGCUGUAGGGGUGGGUGAAUGACUCUUAGAAAACUUGAAGGUUGGCCAUUUCCAGAACACUAUAGAGACACCCGAGUGGAUGUGAACGCAUCAAAGUGAGAGCAUCACUCCCGUUAGGACAGGUUUCUGCUAGGAAAGCGGCGCAUAGAAGUAGCCGCCCGUCAGGACCUUAUCUGUCUUGCUUUUGGAACUAUGGAAGACGUUACACAGAAUCAGUGAAAGUCACUCCGCCAUGACACUUCUCCACACAGCUUUUAGAAGCAUUCCUUGUUUUUACAUCAAGUUCUCUCCUAAAGGUCCGCCUGUUGGAGCUGUUUGAAGUGUCAUCCGUGUCCGUAUCGAUGUUUCAUGAUCCACAAUGUUAGCUCUCCGGCCCCCGGCCACUUCUACACUGUAGAACAGUAAUGUGAUGGGGAACCGGACAAAGAACUCGCAGAUCUUUGUGAAAGUCGAGGCACCUUUACAGAGCAUAGAAUAAAUACUUGAGUUUCCAAACUCCUUAAAUGUUCUAUAAAUUCUGGUUUAUCCCAUAUAUUAAUGUUUGUCUUUUUUAAUGGUGAUCUUAUGUUGUUUUUUAAGCAUUGCGGAAAAAAAACUUGGUUAUGAGAGGACUGUUCAACUGGAAAAGUGUGAUCAGUAAAUUUAACUUUUUUUUGUUUUUUUUUUCCUUCCCCACCUUAUCAAGAUGUGGAAACAAACCAGAAAUACACUUGGUACUAUGUACCACUAAUGUUUUCUGAGAUGUACGUGUAUGUAAUCUAUAAUAUAUUUAAGCUGUGUUUGAUUGAAAUACAAAUAUUAUCAAUUGU